AUGGAGGAGAGCGAGGUGCCGAGCAGCAGCGACGCGGCCCCGCAGGCGGCGCGGGAGGAACCGUCCGAGAGCGGCGUGGGCACCUCCGAGGCCGUGUCCGUAUCCGCCGACAGCAGCGACGCCGCCGCGGGCGCCGCGCUUCCGUCCCGGGCGGACGACUCAGGAGUGGGGCAGAGCUCCGACCGCAGCGCCGUGUGCCUGGAAGAGGUGUCUGAGAGCAGCUCCAGCACAGAUGUGGUUCCCCGGAUUUACUUGCCUGAUUCAUCCUCCAUCGCACAGUCCACUUUGGUCUCCAGCGUCUCCACCGUGAGCCAAUCCGUCAUGGUGUCGGAGUCCCCGCAGGUCCUGGUCCACUCCAGUGUCAUCAGCGACGGAGCCACGGUUGUGUCAGACUCCACCGCAUCCACCUCCUCAGACCUGGGUUCUGCCAUAGACAAAAUCAUUGAGUCCACCAUUGGGCCUGACAUCAUCCAGAGCUGCAUAGCUGUGACCAGUGCUGAAGAUGGGGGAGCAGAGACUACUCAGUACCUCAUUCUACAAGGGCCCGAUGAUGGUGCCCCCAUUGUGUCCCAGAUGUCCACUUCUGCUCUGGCCAAUAGCUUGGCAGUAGAAGCUAUUGCUGAUGGGCCGACCUCCACGUGCCUUGACCAGCCAGGCCCUUCGGAGCAGUCAGAGGUGCUGGAACUGCCUGCACAGCCAGGCCAGGUUCGGGAGGCAGACGGUGGGGAGGAGCUGGACCAGCCGGACUUGGAGACCCUGGAGGAGAUGAUGGAAGUGGUGGUGGUGCAGCAGUUCAAGUGCAAGAUGUGUCAGUACAAGAGUGUCUCCAAGAAAACAUUGAUCAACCAUAUGAAAGAGCGACAUUUCCAGCCAGCGGGUUCAGCUUUGGCUUUUAAGAAAGGACGUCCACGAAAGGGGGGUUCUGCUCCAAAGUCUGCAGAGGAAGAGGUCGCAGAGGAAGAAGAUGAUGAUAUUAUGGAUGCUGGUGCUAUCGAUGACCCUGAAGAGGACAGUGACUAUAAUCCAGCUGAGGAUGAGCCCCGUGGGCGACAGCCCAAGAACAACCGCACAGUGCCUACGUCCAGUGAGGAGAGGCCACGGAGACGCCCAGGGAGGCCCCGCAAGUUUCCUCGCCUGGGGGAUGUGCCCCAGGACAUGCAUGAAGGAGAGGAGGUGGAGUCCCUGGUGACGUCCCAGAGCACACCCAGCUGUGAGCUGCAGAAUUCAGAAGCAGCCAGUUCCUCUGGCCUGGAGAAUGGGACCGGUGAGAGCUUGGCGGAGCCCAGCAUCAGCCAGUCUGACUCUGAGAAUAAGGACCCUUCCUCCAACACUGGCCCUGAGGAAGCAGAUGUCGUCCCCAGGAGGCGAGGCCGGCCCUCCCGCCGCUUCCUGGGCAAAAAAUACCGCAAGUACAUGGGGCGCAGGUAUUACUACAAGUCACCCAAGCCCUUGAUGAGGCCGUACCUGUGUCGGAUCUGCGGCUCGCGUUUCCUCACGCACGAAGAUCUGCGUUUCCACGUCAACUCGCACGAGGCCAAUGACCCGCAGCUUUUCAAGUGUCUCCAGUGCAGCUACCGCUCCCGACGCUGGUCCUCCCUCAAGGAGCACAUGUUCAACCACGUAGGCAGCAAGCCCUACAAGUGCGAGGAGUGCAAUUACACCAGUGUGUACAAGAAGGACGUCAUCCGACACUCCACAGUGCACAGUCGGGACAGGAAAAAGAGGGCCGAUCCGCCCCCAAAGCUGAACUCCUUCCCAUGCCCCGUGUGCAAUCGUAUCUACCCCAUGCAGAAGAGGCUUACUCAGCACAUGAAGACACACAGCACAGAGAAGCCGCACAUGUGUGACAAGUGUGGGAAGUCCUUUAAGAAGCGUUACACGUUCAAGAUGCACCUGCUGACACACAUCCAGGCCAUUGCUAACCGCAGGUUCAAAUGUGAGUUCUGUGACUACGUCUGCGAGGACAAAAAGGUCCUGCUGAACCACCAGCUGUCACAUAUGAGCGACAAGCCCUACAAGUGCAGCUUCUGCAAGUAUUCCACCUUCCGGGAGGACUUCCUGGUCUCACACAUGGCCGUCAAGCACACGGGAGGGAAGCCCUUUGCCUGCGAGUUCUGUCACUUCACCACCAAGCACAAGAAGAACCUGCGCCUCCACGUGCACUGCCGCCAUGCCGACUGCUUUGAGGAGUGGGCACAGAGGCACCCCGAAGAGCCGCCCUGCCGCCGCCGCCCCUUCUUCACCCUGCAGCAGAUCGAGGAGCUGAAGCAGCAGCACCGCCAAGUGCAGGCAUCGGCUGAGCCGGAGGCCAACCCACCAGCCCCUCUCGGCGCUGUCACCUACCAGGCGGUGCAGGCAGUGCCCGGCUCGGAGCCUCCCAUCCUUUCGCAGGAUUCUCUGGAGGGGGCCACAAUUAUCUAUGAACAAGGUGUGGAUGGAUCGGCAGAACUGGCCACGCAGACCGCCCUGGAUCUUUUGCUGAACAUGAGUACCCAGCGAGAGCUUGCUGCAGGCUCACUACAGGUGGCAGUAGUGAAACCAGACGAUUCGGGAGAGGUGCAGGACUCUUGUGAACCGCAGGCACAGGAGGAAGGGGCGGAGUUGGAUGGCUCUGAGCAGCAGCAGAAGUUGGUAACGCUGCACAUGGCAGACCGUGGGGAGACGUUGGUGCAGGAGGCCUACGAGGAGGCAGCCCUGGGUGGCUCAGAACUGCAGCAGAUCACGAUUCCCUUUGGCGGGACAACGGAGUACAGCAUCAUUACACCCAUCAGUGAGGAGAUUCAGGCUCCAGGCACGCUGUACAGUGAGGAGGAGGGCUCUGCAGAGACUUCACAUGCAGUCGUGGUGAGCGAAGCUGUGAUGACAGAGGUUCUGAAGGACCACAACAAUCACUACAUCAUGUCAUCCAGCGUCCCGGGGAAUCAGUUCCAACACAUGGAGCCCCUCAAUGGAGAUGCUGCCUUCCCUUUGCCAGCAGAGGGCCAGGAGGCACAGCCAGCUGGUGUCAAGUGGCCUCUGGUGCAGUGUGUUACCCAGCAGCUCCAGAAGGACUCAAAUUUGUCCCCCACCUCUGAAGGGCAAGAAGUCACAUCCCCCAAGGUCAAAUGGCCUGCACUCCAAGGCAUAGCCAAGAAGCUCUCGUGCAAGGUUUCUACAGCCAAGAAGCUCUCAUGCAAGAUUUCCACAGCCAAAAAAUUUUCCUGCAAGAUUUGCACAGCCAUGUUUACAGGGAGAGCAGAAAUGGAGAGUCACAAGAGAGCCCACAUUGGGCCCAGCACCUUCAAGUGUCCUGACUGUCCGUUCACUGCAGCCCUCUGGCCGGAGGUUCGGAGCCACAUGGUCCAGCAUGCCAGCCUUCGGCCACACAAAUGCACCCACUGCAGCUUUGCCUCCAAGAACAAGAAGGACCUGCGCAGACACAUGCUAACACACACCAAUGAGAAGCCCUUUGCCUGCCAGAUUUGUGGGCAAAGGUUCAACCGCAAUGGACACCUCAAGUUCCACAUGCAGCGUUUGCACAGCUCAAAGGGGAAGAAGCCGGAGGCACCUGCAGCUGCUGCCCAGCAGACCAUCAUACUGAACAGUGAUGAAGACACGCUGGCCACCCUGCAGACAGCCCUGCAAUCCGGGCAGGCAGUGCUGGCCCCUGAGCGGCUGCAGCAGGCACUGGGACAGGAGCACAUCAUUGUUGCUCAGGAGCAGAGCAUCACGAGCCAGCACCCGGCUCUGGCUGGCUUACAGGAGGAGGCAGCGUACAUCCAGGAGAUCACAACUGCCGACGGACAGACAGUGCAGCACUUAGUGACAUCUGACAACCAGGUUCAGUACAUCAUUGCCCAGGAUGGCGUACAGCACUUGCUUCCCCACGAGUACGUUGUUGUCCCAGAAGGACAUCACAUCCAGGUUCAGGAUGGUCAGAUCACUCACAUUCAGUAUGAACAAGGUAGCCAGUUUCUCCAGGAGCCACAGAUCCAGUACAUGCCUGUCUCACCUGAGCAGCAGCUUGUCACCCAGGCUCAGCUGGAAGCAGCUGCACACUCAGCGGUCUCAGCAGUGGCUGAUGCUGCCAUGGCUCAGGCACAGAGCGUGUUUGCCACGGAGGCAACGGCUGAGCAGAUCCAGCAGUUGCAGCAGGGAAUCCACUACGAUGUCAUCACGCUGGCAGAUUAGCACUGGUGACAGGCCUGGCUGAUGCUCAGGGACAUCUGUGCUGAGCAGGACAGCGGCAGCCAGCGGGAGCCUCUACAGCCAGCAGUUGCCUUAUUGCUUUGGGGCUACGAGGGACGUGCCUGAGUGCAUGCCAGCAAGGGUGUGCUGCCACUCUGCUGUGCACAGCGAGGGUCCUUCAAAUCCUGCCUGGCACAGGAGGCUGUCUUGAGCAGGGACUGCACCACAGCCAAAGUGCCGGGACACUGAGCAGUGGCAGCACUCACGUGGCUCAUCUCUGCCUGUUGCACUUGAUGAUGGUCUGAAAUCCCCUUUCCCUGAAUCAUGUCUGUGCGGGCCAAACUCAGCAUCUGCUCGGGUGCAGGGAUCCCGGGGGAGCUGUAGGGCCGAGCGCAGCCACGUGGUGCAGCGUGAGAUGCUGAGGUCGUUCAGCCUCAGCCCCCACUCCUCGCACCCGUGGGGCACAAGGGCCGGGCUGAGGGCAGCCUCCCUCCCUUGGCUCCUCCGGCCUGCGGGCGGGCGGGCAGCAGGGCUUUGGACUGGAGGAACCUGACAGAGGAAGGGGCCGUGCAGGUGGUGGAAGGAGUUCUAUUUUUUCUUUGCAAGAGGGAUGGACGCUGUGGCAAAGCUGGUUUGUAAGUUGUUACGGGAGGGGUUCGAUUCUGAUGUUCUCAAGCUUUGAAUAUGCUUACGAAUAAAAAAAAGAUUGAAAGCUG